GAUAUGCUAUUGUUUUCCUCCAACACAAACGUCAAACGAUCACUUUAUUUUGGUGCCACUUCGCAGUCAGCUGUCACGGCAAAUUGUGUUUCUCCAAAUUGGUUGAAUUGCAAUUGAUUUCCUAGUCCAAUAACUAUGACGCUACUCAUUAAUCCCCGUCGCCCCGAGAAGGUGCAUCGCUACAAACCAGUCGAUUCAGCCAAUCAAGGUGCUGGAGUAGGGGAUGAUUUGAUGCCAGAUUACAUGAAUAUCCUUGGUAUGAUAUUCUCAAUGUGUGGUUUGAUGAUGAAGCUGAAAUGGUGCGCCUGGUUGGCGCUGUACUGUUCCUGUAUUAGUUUUGCUAACUCCCGGAUUUCAGACGACGCCAAACAGGUGCUGUCCUCGUUCAUGCUCAGCGUAAGCGCUGUAGUGAUGUCGUACCUGCAGAACCCCACACCAAUGACACCGCCCUGGCAAUCGAUGUAACUUUAGCAUUGCAGGCGGUAAGCAAUCGUAUGUCUAAAGCACAUAAACCAUCGUAACCAUAUGUAUUUGUUAAGAAAAUCUUUGUUAAAUAAGAUGAAAAUCACUCCGAAGUGCUAAUGAAA